AUGUCUUACGCCGACGCAGCUGCAAAGGGCCCCAAGCAGUCCCCCGAGGAUGCCCGCGCUCCUCCAGUGGGCGGAAUCUACCACGAUCAAUCUGAGAGCACGGCCUCGUUGAUCGACGUUGAUAGCCCCCAUGUGCAAACUGUGGAGUCCGACUUCCUCAAGCAAGAUGUUCAAACCACCACCCAGGCGGAGCGGAUAGAGCGCGAAGCCGAGGAGAAGGAGAAGCGCGAGGAGGAGGAAAAGAAGGAGGCUAAGACCCACAAGGUGAAGGGCAAUAGCAUCUAUGGAAACACCAGCAACCCUGUCUUCCUUGCCAAUGCCGCUAUCGCAACCGUGGUUGGUGCAGGCCUUGGCUUCGGUGCAUACAAGCAACACGCGAGGGGCAACCUCUCCUGGGAGCUGGUCGGACUCUCUGCCGGUGCUGUUGGAGUCUUUGGUGCAGUGGACUACUUCGUCAGCAAGUGGUUCCUGCAGAACAAGUUCCCUCCCAAAUAG